AUAGAAAUUUCCGAAUAGUUAUCGUUGUUCAUGCGUAACAAAAGCUGCGGUUCGAGUUGUAAGAUUUUAAUUCUUCUUGAGGAAUUUUUUUUCUAUUGUAAGGGCAAUCCAAUUGUUCUUACAUUAGAGAAGUAACAGAAAAUAGAAAAUAAAAGAAACAAAAAAAAAAGAAAGAGAGAGAGAGAGAAAGAGAAAACGCUCUCGUUUUCGUACAUGAUCGAUUGCGUAUACUCGCGGAUCUUGGAUUAUCAAAGGUUCGCGAAAGGAAUCUUUCGUCUGUGAAACAAUCACGUAUAUUGGUGGUGAAUUACUAGUUGAUAAAUGAUUGUCACGCAUUACGAUAAAAGUGACAAAACUAUUUACGACAUUAUUGUGUGGGUUGUGAAUUCGAAGUAUCGUAUAAAUCAAAUGACGCAAUUACGAUGAUAUUUUCUUUUUUUUACCUUUUUUUUUAUUUGGUUCUCUUUUUGUUUUGUUUUCUUUUUUUAAGAAGAAGAAGAAGAAGAAGAAGAAUUCUAUUACGAUAAGAAAUAGAAAAAUAUACGAGAUUCAUCUUCAUCAUUCAUUAUAUAUCAUUCUAAGAUAUACAUAGGUCGAUAAAUCUUAGAUGCAUAGGUCUAUUGAACAUGACCCAUGAACGUUGUUGGCUGGUAUCGUUGGUUCGCAUAACUCGCUCACGGAAAUGGCGAGACACGUUGUAGCCUUAAAGAGAGCAUUUUCUUGGGUGUGGUUAAGACCCUGUCUUUGUGGUGAGUGUAGUAUAAAAAGGUGGGGCAUGAUCGAGUGCCAAUGCAGUCACUACUCCUAUAAAUUCGACGAUCUACGUCAGUGAAACUUGUAAUGCAGUUCUCGACUUCGUUUGAAUCGGACGUGAUAGUUAGAAAUCGUUGCUUCUUAGAACGUCAUUUUGAUUGAGUCCGUACAUUGGGGCAAGAUGAUCCAGUAUAUCGUAAUAUUUUGUGGAAUGUUGAGCGUGGUCUUUGGUGCUCCGCAAUGGUAUGGACCACAUCAUGCUGGUUAUGGUGGUCAUGCCGCACCGGCACCACUUGGUCCCGAUGGUCGUGUCGUAGAUACUCCUGAAGUAGCCCAAUUAAAGGCCGCACAUUUGUCGGCUUUGGCCGAGGCAAAUGCACGUGCACCGAAAGGACCUGGACCUGUAUCCGGACCUUAUCCAUCUCAUGCGGCACCUGCUGGUUACGCGCCGCAUUACAGUGGACCACCAGCACCAUUGGGACCCGAUGGACGCGUAGUAGACACACCCGAGGUUCAACAAGCUAAGUCAGCACAUUUCUCUCUUUACAAUGCGGAAGCACAACGUGUACCAGCCGGGCCAGCUGAUCCAGUUUCAUCUGGUGCCUAUGAUCCAUCCUGGAAUAAUAAUGGUGCUUGGAAUCAAGGCUCAUGGAACAACGGAAACAAUUAUUAUUGAAAGGAUCUUUCUUUCUCUCUCUCUCUCUCUCUCUCUCUCUCUCUAUCUCUCAUUUCCUAACUUUUUUUUUCUUUCUUUAUUUCUUUGAUCACGUUCGUUCGACUGCAAUCAAUUUAAAAGAAGAUACUCCGUUCGCGUAUCUUUUGAAAGUCUACCUCGAGAUAAUAUUCGACUAUUUUAUCUACCUCGUACCAAGACUAAUCUUAAGAAGAAGAUGAAGAAGAAAUAUAUAUAUAUAUAUAUAUGUAUAUAUGCUCAGUUCGUUCCGACUGGUUUCAAGUAUAAUUUUCAACUACCUCUUAUUAUUUAUUCGGACGAACGAGUAAUAUAUUUCUUCGAUUCAUAGAUCUCUCUUUUUUUUCACUCUCUUUCUUUUUCUGUCUAUUUCUUUUGCUUUUUUAUUUUAUCAUUUAUAUUAUAUUGUCAUAUUACAUUUCGAGCGAUCAAUUCUAUUCAAUCUCUUUUAUGCGUAUGGUGCUAUUAAAUAUAUUAUGUAUAUAUAUAUAUAUAUACACACACAUACACGCACACAAAUAUGUAUACAUAAAAGUGUUAUAAAUAAUCUAGUUAUAUCAAGAAUUUUCAAUCCUCAUUAUAUCAAUCGUUAUAUCAAUAAUUAUGUAUCGAACGAGUUCUCAUCGCAAGGAAAUAAUUUUCAAGGUUAUCUCGAAUAAUAUUGUUUUAAGCAAAUUCUUUAUUUUUUUUGUUUUUUCUUUUCUUUUUUUUUUUUUCACUUGUCUUUAUAUUGUCUUCUUGUUAACAAUCCUAUUUGAUUAGUUUACGUUCAUUGACGUGAACAAAAGUAAGUUCUUUGUGGCGAACGUAAAUAUGCAACAUGUGCGAAGGCCGUUUUUUUUAUAGAUCGUAUAAAUCGUAUUAUAUUGAUCAACAGUGAUCCCGGCACGUGCCGAUCGAUUAACACGCUCCUGACAAGAUUUCGAUCGAACUGACACAAUACGGUAGUGCCAUUAAUGUCAUGUUAUUUUUUGAUUUAUCGUUUUUGAUUUAUCAUUGGAUAACGAGUACCACCAUCGUCGUUGCACACUUUAUUACUAUUACCUACGAAUAAUAUGAUUUCAUGAUUUACUAUUUUUUUUUUUCUUCUCCUCUUUCGUUUUAUCUUUUCAUAAUAAAAUUACGAUAUCAAUUUUAACGUGCUAUCUAUUAACGAAGAUGUUAUUUGAUUAGAAAAAAUUGUUCUUCUAUUAUCGAAAUAUAUAUCACACAAUAUGCACAGAGUUUUAUAAUUUAUAAU